GACCAGAAACCAAGUCACCGCCGUCGAGGUGGUUGGAUUACCCGAGGAGGCCUGGCGAUUGUUUUAUGUAAAAAGGAAAAAGGAAACCUAACGAUACACAAUGAGAAUUCUCGACUAGAGCUGUGCUGAAAGGAAGAAGAACAUCAACAGACCUGGGAUCGGUUGUGUGGCCAUGGCCUACUCCAACUACAGCAAUCUGAGCAGGGCGCAGCUGACCUUUGAGUACCUGCACACAAACUCGACGACCCACGAGUUCUUAUUUGGAGCGUUGGCCGAGCUCGUGGACAAUUCAAGAGAUUCCAAUGCCACACGGAUAGACAUCUACACAGAAAAAAGGCCAGAGCUGCGGGGCGGCUACACGCUCUCCUUCCUGGAUGACGGUAUUGGAAUGGACCCGAAUGAGGCGAUGCAUGUGAUUCAGUUUGGGAAGUCAAACAAACGAUCCCCCGAUUCCUCUCAGAUCGGCCAGUAUGGAAACGGACUCAAGUCCGGCUCUAUGCGUAUUGGGAAAGACUUCAUCCUGUUCACCAAGAAGGGCAACACGCUCACGUGCCUCUUCAUGUCCAGGACUUUCCAUGAAGAGGAGGGACUGGAUGAGGUGAUCGUGCCCCUUCCCUCCUGGGAUCUGACAACCAAUGAGCCACUGACCUCUGACCCAGAGAAGUACGCCAUAGAGACUGAGCUGAUCUUCAAAUACUCACCUUUUAAGAGUGAACAGCAGCUGAUGGAGCAGUUCAACAAAAUAGAAAGUAGCAGUGGAACUCUUGUGAUCAUCUAUAAUCUGAAGCUGAUGGACAACAGAGAAUCAGAGCUGGAUGUAGAGACGGAUCACCAGGACAUACUGAUGGCUGGGACACCUGUGGAAGGAUUGAAGCCGGAGAAGAGGUCGUUCAGGGCGUACACGGCUGUUCUGUACAUCGAUCCACGCAUGAAGAUUUACAUCCAGGGACAUAAAGUCAGGACCAAGAGACUGUCCUGCUGUUUAUAUAAACCAAGGGUUUAUAAAUACACAUCAACUCGUUUCAAAACCCGCGCUGAGCAAGAAGUGAAGAAAGCAGAUCACCUUGCGAAGCUCGCGGAAGAUAAAGCCAGAGAGGCGGAGAGUAAGCAAAUGGCUCUGGAGGCCAGAUUAGGAGAUGACCUGUCAAAAGAUUCACGGGCAAUUCUGAGAAAUGUUCAAGAUUCAGCCAUGAUGCUCCGGAGGGAUUGUGACAUGAAGAAAAGGAUUCUCGAAGCCAAACAGAGAGCGUUAAAGGAGCCGAAGGAGUUGAGUUUUAUAUUUGGCGUGAACAUAGGACAGAGGGACCUGGAUGGGAUGUUUGUGUACAACUGUUCUCGUCUCAUCAAGAUGUACGAGAAAACAGGGCCCCAGCUGGAGGGAGGCAUGGCCUGUGGAGGAGUGGUUGGAGUCGUGGACGCCCCAUAUGUGAUUCUAGAGCCUACUCACAACAAACAGGACUUUGCAGACUCUAAAGAGUAUCGACAUUUACUGAAAUGCAUGGGAGAAUAUUUAGCUCAGUACUGGAAGGACUCUAACAUUGCUCAGAAAGGCAUCGUGAAGUUCUGGGACGAGUUCGGAUAUCUGUCGGCCAACUGGUCUGCACUUCCGUCAUCAGAGCCGAGAUACAAGAGACGUCGUGCCAUGGAGAUACCACUUACUAUUCAGUGUGAUAAAUGUUUAAAGUGGAGAACGCUGCCAUUCCAGAUGGAUGCUGUGGACAAACGCUACCCAGACAGUUGGGUGUGUCUCAUGAACCCUGACAGCUCUCAGGACAGGUGUGACGCUGCUGAACAGAAACAGAAUUUGCCAUGUGGUGUUCUGAAGAAAGACAAGCAGACCGCUGAGGACAAACGGAAAGAACUGGCAGAGAAAAUCAAACAGCAGCAGGGGAAGCUCGAGUCUUUGCAGAAAACCAGCACGGUCAGAUCUGCAGCAGAUGUUAAAAAGCUGCCACUGGAUGUCAGCAUGAAGCCAACGGAGAGCUCCUCUCAGGCGACUCGGUCCUCUGAGCGGUCCAUCACACGCCCCCGCUCCCCGCCGCUCCCAGCUCACCUGAAGGGCAGCCUUCCAUCUCGAGCAGCUUCUCAGCGCCCCCCCCGGACACCUGUCCCUCCGGCACCACCGUCCAAAGUAGAAGCAUCGCGGUCCAGAGGUGCAGCCAAGCCUGGACCAAAGGCUGCAGCCAAAGCUCCCCCACCCAGCCGCAGCUCUCGGACACCCGCCAAAGCAUCGCCGGCCAAAGCAGCUGGACAGCGCAAGAGAAUUAUAGACCAGGAUGACAGCGAGGAGGAGGAGGAAGAAGACGAAGAUGAGGACGAAGAAGAGGAGGAGAGUGAUGAAGAAGAACCACAGACAAAGAAAUCCAAGAUGGCCGCAGCAGCCGGUAACCGCGGGAAAGCGAUAGAGAAAGCCUUCCCUGCCAAACGUGGCAAGUUGGACGAGGCUAAGACCCAGAAGAAAGGAGUUUCUCCUCCUAUACGGCAGACACCAACUGCGCCGACCUCUCUCCCUAAACCCCUUUCCAUGCAACAGCAUGGGGCGAAAGCAAAGGCGCCCUCAGAGAAGCCCGCUCAGGAGGAGCCGGAGGACGACGCUAAGAAUGCUCAGAAAGAUAAGGGUCUGCUGGUUGAAGUGCGCGUCAGCAACGAGUGGUACACGGGCAAAGUCUUUGCCGUCGAGGUGAUUAAACAGGGUAUUCGCUGGAGGGUGAAGUUUGACUACGUGCCUCGGUCCACCCCUAAAGACAGAUGGGUGUUGAAGGGAAGCGAUGAUGUCCGGUUGAUGCGGCCGCCAUCUCCGAUCUCUCAGACACCUGACACUCAACAAGAGACCGAGAGGAGUCUGGCCCCCAUGGAGCCCGACACGACGCAACCGGGAACCAGUCGAGAGGUGACCGACAGUCUCGUCACCAUGUUGAGGACAAUGCUGCGUUACUUUUUCCCUCCCGCUUUUCGAAUUCCAAAGGACGAUGUUAACAGCAUGACGGCUGAGGAGCUUGUGGCCUUCCCUUUGAAAGAGUAUUUCCAGCAAUAUGAAUCGGGUCUCCAGUCUUUGUGCAACUCGUACCAAAGCAGAGCUGACGCCAGGGCCAAAGCCGUGGAGGAGAAGAGCAACAGCAACGAGGUCAAACUGAAGGAGGCGGACGAGAAACUACAGAAACUACGAACCAACAUCGUAGCGCUCCUCCAAAAAGUACAAGAGGACAUUGACAUAAACACUGACGACGAGCUCGACGCUUAUAUAGAGGACCUCCUGACUAAGGGGGAUUAAAGAAGGCCGACGAGACAGAAGAGUACGCGCACAUAAAACCCAACGGCAGUUUUCAUUCCAGCCAUUUUUUUGUUGACGGCUCCCAAGGACUCCUCUCUGAGUGCCGAGCUGGAUGUUUAAUCCGAAUGUCAUGGGUAUGAACGUAUGAUCUCUGAUAUCGAUGUUUCCAGCGUUUCAUCAUCACUAGUGCGUUAAGUUGACAGGUUCUCUGGUGUUCUAACAUUGUUGGCUAGUUGGUGGUUUUCUCAUUAGUUCCACUCAUAUAUGUUAAUCUAUGUUUCACCCAUCCUCUCCUGAUUGACCUUUUAAAUCAUUCGUGAAGGUCCCUUUAUAGAGCCAGCUAAUGCUGUGGCAGACUACGUCUGUUCCCUUGUGUCCCUCUCGGUCCAUCGUCUGGUGAGAAGUGUUCACACCGAGUGACUGGACUGUCUGCAUUGCAGCCUGUACUAAAACAUUCACUUUUAUUUUUAUACACUAAAGACACAUCAGUGUUGCCUCUUUCCUUCCUCCAGCCUGGUGUGACGAGCAAACCGGCUGGGUGGUGUGCCACAAACGAGAACUACUUACUGGGUUUUAUCAGUAUGAUUAUUCCCAUAAAUCCCUCCUGCAUUUAAGAUAUGAUUGGUUUUGUGUUUAUUUUUGGAAGAAAAGAAAUUUCAUUUAAAUGCAAAGGUUUUGUGUUAAUACUUAUCCAGUCCCUGUGCCCUUCCUUUUGAACAGGUUUUUAACAUGUCAUGGAAAUGUUUUAUUCAACGGUGCAUGCAUUAAUUCUGUUUGUUCUGAUGAGAGCAAAGGAUUCUGUAUUUUUGACAAAUCUUUACUUGGAACAAUAAAACAGGUUCAGCAACA